UGCAAGCCACUGGUGCUCGCAAAACGUCAGGAGGAAACUCUAAUUCACGACGGGCUUAAAACCCGAAAAACUCAACUUGCCCAAAUCAAGUUCGACCGAGUUAGACCUGAAGCACCCGCACAUCGAGCAAAUUUUGUAACUUAUCUUGCGGGUUUGAGUGAAAAUUAUAUUUAGAACAAUUAAUAACUGUUUAUAUUUGAAUCGUUCGCCGGAUAAGUGUUUCAGUCAUGUUCCGUAGUCAGUGAGUGGUUUGCGAAAUGGAUACGACAUGGAUUGCAUUUCUAAUCAGCUUCACAUUGUUAUGCAGCACAAGUACCGCCUCCUUCCUGUACGGACAGCCAUGCAGUGUCCGCAACACCGCCCAUUUGUAUCCCUGGAACUGGACAAUUCCGAAAAAUGCAACGAAUUGUGUGGAUUUAACCAAGUCGAGUAACCGUAAUCUAGCAAAUGUAACGGAAUUUUUCCGGGAUGUUAGGCUUGCUGAUACUUUGUACAUGGAUCAUAUGAACUUAUCCCGGUUUCCCACUGCAGUGAUCUAUUCGUUGCCGCAACUGGAAAUGGUGGAUCUUUCUGGGAACGCUAUAAGGAGAUUGCCGUAUAGAAUGUAUAAAAUAGCGCACUCAAUAACAAAGCUGCUUGUGCCAGAGAAUGCUAUUUUCAUUCCGCGAAGACGCGCUCUGUUCAAAUCAAUAACCAUUGAGACCUUGAUGCUGAGCAAAAACGAAAUCACCAACAUUUCUCCAGUGACGUUUGCGAAAAUGCCCCAACUGAAAGUUUUGUAUUUGAAUGAUAACAAGUUGAAAUUUGUUAGUUACAAGAUGUUUGUUCCUUUGCCGCACUUGCUCUACUUGAACUUGGAAGACAACUACUUGAGCAGAAUUCCCCAGAAAAGCCGAAUGCCCGCUUUCUUGAAGUUUUAUCAGAUCAAAAAACAAAAAAAGAUUAAAUAGACAUUACUACAUACUAGUUUCACAGAACUGUAACACGAUUUAACUGUAAAUUGUAGCAAUUUGUAAAAAAUAAAUGUUGUAAUUCAUUCA